AAGAGCCAUUCGAAACGAAUGCUGCUGCAGGAUGAGGAUGUGAGGACAAAGAUUGCACCUGAGCGAAAACAAACACUGACUGACGAGUAGCUGUCCAACAAAAUUACUUGUUUUUUUUCAACCCUCCACCUUAAUAUAGUCAAACCAAUGAAAACGCGAAACUUCGGAAUCUCCGUCGCCGCAUAUUGUUCUCCUGGCUCCCUAUGUUUUAUUGAAACUAUGACGGAUCCAGCAGUGACCGUCUCGUAGCAGCGACAAUGCUCAGGCCCGUCACAACCGGCUACUUCAGUGUGUCUCCGUCACGGCAAUGACUAUGGAUGUCAGAGCAGUUCUGGAGUUCGCCACCGUCACCAGGGGCCUGUCACUGUUUUUGCAGGCCGUCUUCAAUGCUGUCAUCCCUGAUCAUGAUGCUGAGGCGUUCAGGCCCCCAAGGACAGAGGAGCCUCUGUACCUGGACUCUGCAGUGGAGUGGUUGCUGGGCGGCCUCUCUCACUGGGAUGCCGAGCACUUCCUCUUCAUCGCUGAGAGGGGAUACCUUUACGAGCACAACUUUGCUUUCUUCCCCCUCUUGCCCGUCAUCCUGCGAGGCCUGGCGGAGACGCUGCUGUGGCCCCUGAGCAGCUGGCUGAGUGUGCGGGGGCGUCUGCUGGUGGCCGUGGCUGUGGGGAACAGUGCCCUCUUCCUGUUGAGUGUGGUCGCCCUGUAUGCGCUGAGUAGGAUAGUCCUUCAGGACAGGCGCCUCGCUCUGCUCUCCAGCCUGCUCUACUGCAUCACACCAGCCAACGUCUUCAUGACCGCCGGAUACUCGGAGAGCCUGUUUGCCGCGCUGACAUUCGGUGGUCUGUUCCUCCUGGAGAAAGGAUUCACCUUCCGAGCUUGCCUGGCCCUCAGUAUAGCCACUGCAGCACGAUCCAAUGGACUUGUCAACAUUGGGUUCAUCCUGUACCUUCCAUCCCUGCACGCUAUUUGUCAGAUUCGUGUGUAUCGAACAACGACAAAAGGCUGCAGUAAAGUCUUCCGCUACAUUUGGGCCGUCGUCUGCGUCCUGCUCACCUCCCUCUUGGGAACUGCAAUCAUUGCCCUUCCCUUCUGUGCUUUCCAGUACUAUGGGUACAGGACGUUUUGCACACCGUCCGUCUCCCUGGAGCGGAUCCCCCCCGCUCUCCUGUCUCUGGCCGAACUGAAGGGCUAUCGGGUUCCAGAUGAAAACAGUCCGCCGCCCCUCUGGUGCAUGAGACCUCUCCCCCUGCUUUAUUCUCAUAUCCAGGAUGUUUAUUGGGAUGUGGGCUUCCUCCGCUACUUUGAGCUGAAGCAGAUGCCAAACUUCAUCCUGGCUCUACCCAUGGCCACUCUCGGCAUAAUGGCAGCUUAUGCGUAUUUUCAAGCCAAUCCAGAAAUGUGUCUGAGACUCGGACUCUGGGAGACGGGUGCAAGUAAAGGACUUGACAAACCCACACCGGGGUUGUUCAACUCCAGAGUGUUUGUUUAUAUUGUCCAUUCAACAGUACUUCUGGUGUUUGGAACAUUGUGCAUGCAUGUGCAGGUUCUAACCAGAUUCAUGGCCUCCUCGUCUCCCGUGCCUUUCUGGAUAAGCGCUCACCUGCUCCUCCUCAAUGAGCCACUUCUCCAUCGAAGGAAAACAUCAAAUCCCAAUGUUCAGCUACAGGCACAUUCCAGAAACGGAUGCAAGCACAGACCUCAAAACCCCAUUAUUGCACUGCUGCCCCACUUUAAAACCUGUUCUCCCACCACACAGAGCAUCCUGGGAUACUUCCUGUCUUACUGGGUGCUGGGCCUGGCACUGCAUUGUAACUUCCUGCCGUGGACAUGAUUUAGGAGAUUACUCUGACCUUUUUAAAUGCAAUAUGUCUAUGUAUGACUGGGCAAUAUACAUAUGUUAAAUCACACACACAGGUGUUAUUAAAGUACAUCAACAGUCCAUUUCUGUUAUUCCGGUAAUUGUUUAUUGCAAUAGCAUUACAAAGAACAUAACUGUAUACAGGAAUGCAGCAUUUAUUUAAUUUAAAAAAUAUGAAUUCACUAACCUCUGUUGAGGUAGUUUAAUCCAAAGAAAAGAAAAAUGACUUGUAUUAUAAUUAUCUCGCCCAGUCCUACAUAGAACUCACUGACACAAUUACAUUACAUUUAUUUAUGCUGAUUUACUCAUGCAAUAGUUAACCAGUUUGAUUUGAACAUCUCAGUUAAAUGUCUUUGAGAACAAAUUAACAACAUGUAUUAUAAUAUAUUUCUGAAACUUAGUUGAACACUGUUUAGUUGUAAAUAUUGGGAAGACUAUAUGGUUGUACGUGGAAAAACAAAUAUUUCAAUUUCUUGCUGAGGUCUUGCUGAAGCAUAGCAUUUGAUUUAUUCUAUAGUUUAAUAUAGCACUGCAUGUUUGGAAGAAUUAUUCCAAGUUAUAGUUUAGGGAUAUUUGAAUGUGAAUGACAAAAAUAAAGGUUUUGUUGCUGUAAAAGAAUCUUCAAUAUAGUUUUAUUUUCAUGUAAAAGUAAAACCUUUUCUUAAGGCGUUAAUGUAAAACAUCUAUAUUGUGUUUUGUUGUAGAGAACCAAAGUUAGACCGGCAAGUUUACUCUUCAAUUUAAGAUGAAACUAAUUGUGAUAAAUCCAAACAACAUAUGUGAAUUUAUGUUCAUGGUUUAUGUUACUGUACAGACAUGUCAAGUCUCAAGUUACCCCUGAUGCUUACAGAUAUCUCUUUAAGACCACUAGAGGCUGCUGCCAGUCCUAAAACUACUUAGUUCACUGACCACGUCCAUCCGAAAAACACCAAAUAAUAUAUGGAGGGUGAAAUAACUGGUGGCUCUGUGCACUUAACCGUACAUCAAAAAUGAUGCUGAUGCUCUCGGAAAACUGGAUAAACAGGAAGCAAUCCAGGCACUCUACAAUCUUAGAACAAGUAACAACGAGGCAGGAAUAAGCCUUUAUUGCAGUGGAUACAUCCAAGCCUGUAGGUCUUCGUCAGGGCAUUUAACAAACAGACAAAAAGUGUUGUGGCCUCACCAAUGGGAGGCAAUCGCAUGACCCGGAUAAUAACAUGUCAGGUGAAACCAGAUGAACAUUAAAACACGAAACAACAUGAGAUAAGAGCCACAUUCCAAAUCACAUACUUUUUCUUUUCCCUUUACAUUCUACAGCUGCUCUUACAAAGUAUGUCCUGUUGCAUGCAGUAGCCUUUGCAUUCAAUUGGGACAUAUUAUUUAGUCAUAAUAUUGCACAUUAAACUUUUACCCUCUUGCAAAGGCUGAAGAAUUAAAGGUGCAGUGUGUAGGAUUUAGUGGCAUCUAGUUUUUUAGGCUGCAGAUUGCGUCCAUCUUAACAUCCCUCCGCUCACCCUUCUCUUUACAAUCUUGUCGGAGAACUACAUUGGCCUAAGGUAGCCUUAAGAUUUCAGGUGAUUAUACACGAAUGAAAACAUAGUUAUGAAUAUUAUAUUCCAUUUCUGCCAAUAAAGCCCCCUAAAUCCUACACACUGUUGUUCCUGUAAGAGCCUGACUGGUGGCCAUCAUUUCACAUCCCUUACGCAGAGUCUAAUACAUUAUUGUGCUUAAACAAACUCAAAUUCAACGCAUGAACC